AUGCCUUCGAAAGCGAAGGUGGCGAUCGCUUCGGGUGCCGCAUCAGCAAUGCUCCUUGCUCCUGGCUUCGUGACCACUCCAGGGGUGCCCAGGGCCCUGGAACAAAGGAGUGCCGCUGCCGCCCCUCAGAUCGCUGGCGCUCAAAGCCAAAGUGCACCUUGGGGCAAGGCCGCACUGGCCACUGGGCUUUUGCUUGGCUCCGUGCAGAUGUCGGGGCGAAGGCAGGCCCGAAAGGCCCAGGCCAGAGUUACUGCUUCAGCGGCGAAGGUCGACACGGUCGGGAUCAUUGGUUGUUCCGGUGCUGUGGGAAAGGAGAUGCUGGAAUGCUUGGAGGAUCGAAAAUUCCCCACGGACAAAGUAAGGCUUUUCGGCAACAGCUCCGCCGGAACAAAGGUUUCUUCCUCUUCCUUUGGCGAGAUUGAGGUGGAGAAGUUUUCACUUGAAGCCGCACAAGAGUGUGACAUUUGUCUCAUGGCCGUGUCGGGCGACUUCUCUCUGGAAUGGGGGCCCAAGAUUGCUGGUGGACCCAAGAACACGCAGGUCAUUGACAACUCAUCUGCAUGGAGGUACGACAAGGACAAGCCACUGGUAAUUCCGGAGAUCAACGGAAAGGGCCAGGUGGAUGCACCACUCAUAGCCAACCCGAACUGCACAACCGCGGUGGGUGCCAUGGCGCUGUGGCCCAUCCAUCAGAAGUACAAGUUGAAAAAGGUGCUGAUGUCAACCUACCAGGCGGCUAGCGGUGCCGGAGCUCCUGGCAUGGCCGAGCUGGAGGAUGGCCUCUCGACCUGGGUGAAGGAUGGAGCUGUACCGGAGCCCAAGUUCUUUGCCCACCAGUUGCCUUUCAACGUCAUUCCUCAGAUCGACAAGUUCCAAGAGAACGGCUACACCAAGGAAGAGAUGAAGGUCACUUGGGAGUUGCAGAAGAUCUUCGGCUUGGACGACGAUGUGAAAGUUUCCUGCACUGCCGUUCGAGUCCCGACCCUCAGGGCACACUCCGAGACCAUCGUCGUGGAGACCGAGGAGCCCAUCAAGCCUGAUGAUGUGCGCAAGCUGCUCGAGUCUUCUGAGGGUGUGAAGGUCGUAGAUGACCCGGAGAGCUUGAAGUACCCCAUGCCACUGAACGCAACUGGCCACUACGAUGUGGAAGUCGGCCGAAUCCGGCAGAGCAUCGUAUUUGGGGACCAUGGCAUUGAGUUCUUCGUUUCUGGUGACCAACUCCUCCGAGGAGCAGCGCUGAAUGCCGUCAUCAUUGCUGAGGACGCAGUCAAAGCGCAUGCGCUCUACGCCGACAUCUCCGAAUCCUCUGCGGCUGCUUCGAAAUGGGACCCGCUACAGCGACCGAAGCCCAAUGCCGAGGCUGAUAUCAGCCAAGCGUCACGUGAACAAGAUGUGGGCACGGCCACGUACACGGCCAAAGGGCCCACCCCGGACGAAGACCAAAGUCUGAAGCUGAACCGCUCACAGGCGGCAGCCCUUCGGCUGGUUCUUGAAAGGCGCAGGCGAUUCAGUCUUGUCCAGGGACCACCAGGUACCGGCAAGACAACGACUGCAGUGUCCAUCAUCUGUGGGUGGACGCGAAGAGGCCCAGUCUUGGCAAGCGCCUUCAGCAAUCGCGGGACGGACAACUUGGCGGAGGUGUUGCACAACCUGGGAGUGCGGGUUUUGAGGGUGGGCCUGUGUCCCCAAGACCGACCAUACUCGUUCGAGACGCGCCUGCGGGAGUGUGGCAAGCAGCGCGGUGAUGCAGGAAUGCGCCAUGUCAUGGAAACGAUAGAUGCCGACACCAGCAAGCAGUUUGCUUCCGGUGUAGACUCCGAAGAUCUGUGCAGUGGGCAGCUGGACUUGGUAGCGGAUAUUCAGAGCGAUGAUGACAAGCCAGAGCCAGAAUUCCAUUGGAUAGAGUCGCAGCUUCAAUCCGUUCUACCGGAGAUUCCCAUUGUGAAAUGUUGGAUGCCGCCAGCACUCUCACCGUCCGAGCUUUGUGCCGCGCACAUUGUCCUAAACCUUCCCAUUGUGGAUGCUGUGCGGGCUGCAUGCGAGCGAACUGGACCUUUCAGCCACGCAAAGACCGCCGAGGCCGCCGGCUCGCCCGAACUUCGCUUGCAGCAAAAAGCACGCGUUUGGCGGUGGAGCGAUGGACGGGGCUAUGUAGUCCAUCCAGUCUACCCGGAAGGCAGGCGGCAGGUGUGCAACGAGGUUUGCUUCACCCGCGCUUUGCUGCACUUGGCCGGCCACGGUCUGUCGAACACGGACGUGGAAGUGCCAAAGCUGUCAUCGCAGCAUUUCUCCGUCGUAGAGAUGCAAGACUUCUGCCGGUUUCUCCGGGCUGGUUCCAGGGAAGGGACUUUGGUGCGGCGAUCCCUGGCGAGUUUGGAGGUCUUUCACGGUGAUGGCUUCUCUUUGCAAGCCGAGCUCUGCGACAGCUUUGAUGACCUGAACCGAGACUGGAUCUCCUCCUCAGCAAUGGCUGCCCUUGAAGGACCAGCCCCGUGCAAGCCUGGGCAGGGGCCGGCAAAGCUCGCAUUGGAUGAAGCGCUGCAGAUGCAAGAUAUGCUGAUUGCUGGAUACUCUGCACCAGAGUUUCAGGCAGAGUUACAUCGGCGCUGGGAGGCGGCCGGUGGCAUGGAGCUUUUGCAGGUCAAGGCUCGCCAGGAGGCCUGUGCUCAGGUGCAAUACCCAAUUCUUCAGCACUUCGGAUUUCAGCCGUCGCGUCGUGGCGUUGCACAAAGUGUGGCCGCUUUCAAGGAGCACAACGCCCACCCGGAGGUGGCCGCCCGAAAUGCAAAGUUGCAGUUCCUGGUCAAUCCACCGGCUCAAGAUGAAGAUUUCAAGCGACUCAUGCAGAUACAGCCUUGUGGUGGAGAACCAUCCUAUGCCGCCCUUCGUUUGCCAUCGCUCUACCAUGAAGACCGCGAGCUGGUGAGAUUGGUUCGGCAAGGCUUGCUGGGGCAACUUCGAGCCGCCGUCGAACACAGGCUUUCGAAUCCAAACACCAUCGUUCCUGAAAAGCUGGGCUUCCUUUGUGAGGCGCGGACCCGGUUUUACUUCAUCGAGGAAAAGACAGCAUUGAUGGUCGCUGUUGAGGAGGGCAACCAAGAGGCAUUUGACCUUCUCCUCGGCUUUCACCACCUCCUCGAUGUCAACGUCAUUUGUCGUGAGUGGUCUCUUUCAGCAGCGUACAAGACAUACACUGCUCUAGAUAUAGGCCGCAACUGUGUUCGCGCGGGGCAUCCAAAGUGUGCCAAGCCAAUGGUGAGACAACUGCUCGCUCAAGGGGCUAAGUCUGCCGAAGCCUUAGAAGUUCCACCCGGACGCCAGAACCCCUUUCUGAAGUGGAGAGAAUACUUUCCGGAUGCGAAGCUUGACAACAUCGGCGCGGAGUAUGCCACGGGUGAAGGAGAGGAUGUGAGACCGGAUGCUGGACCACAGCGUUCUACAAACCAGCGUGAGGCAUCGCCGGUUCGCUACUCCCGCAUUCCCCCCAAGACUCUUCCUGGCUUCGCAUGGAACUUUCCUGAUCUUGCUGUUGAAGAUGACAUGGAGUUCUCAGCAGUUGUUGCAUCGAUUAAGAAGACUCUACGCGCUCAAUCAUGUGCAGAGGCAGAGGACAGACAACGACUCCUUCGCCAGCUGUUUUUGGAGUGGCACCCUGACAAGCGAAGAGGGGAGGUAGCAUUAGCCACGAAAGUGUUCCAAUGGCUCCAGCGCUUGAAGGAGCAGGCUACUUAA